AUGGGGCACUCUAAUGUAUGGAACUCUCAUCCUAAGAACUACGGACCUGGUUCUCGCACCUGCCGCGUGUGUGGGAACCCUCAUGGAUUGAUUAGGAAGUAUGGGCUUAUGUGUUGCAGGCAGUGCUUCCGUAGCAAUGCCAAGGAAAUUGGCUUCAUUAAGAAGGAAGAAUCUGGUAUCACAUCUCUCCACGUAUUGCGACAUAGUGUCAACUCAAAUCUACAAUGUGGUGGGUUUAGAACAACUGUGGAGGGGGACAAAAAUCCAGUUACAGAUAAUGUUGUCUGGUUAAAUAACAGUUUAGAACUCAGACUCAUCACCACGAUCUCAAACAGCCAGCCGAGACUCUCUUAUACUGAAAUUAAAGGCGUCCAAAGAAAUAAGCAAAUGGAGCCUACUGAGGAGAUUUCCCAAGAAUGGAUGAGUUGUCUAAGUGAAGAAGUGUACACAGCCGAGGAAGCUGACUUCAUGAACCAGCUUCUUGGUAACUGCUCAAUCCCAGAACACUUGUAUGAACGUUUCAACACGGAAACAAAAUCUGCAUUUUGGCCUGCCUGCGACAUUCCAAAUGAAAAUUCUGUCUUGUUUUUACAAGGGAGUGGGUCCUGUGCUCGUAGUACCCAAUAUAUCUUUCCCACAACAAAUGCUGGAAACUGCUCUGACAAUUUUGGUCACGUGUCCAUUGGUUUUUCCUUACAUGGGAAUGACGCCAAAUUGAUAAAUGAAAAUACAGUCCAAGAGUUGGGUCUUGGCACAGGGAGAGAGAAUCUUACUGACAUGGAUUUGCAGGCUCACAAGGCUCGUGAAAUAUUAGUUUCGGAACCAGAAAAGGAUAAUACCAGAAGCCUAUUAGAAAAAAGGAGUAGGAGCUCAUUUGAGGCGCAAGAGAACAAGAGGAAUGUGAAAUCUAAGAAGAAUCCAAAACCGGCUUCUUUAAGGAAAACUGAAGGGGAAGCAAGUCCUGACCCUCAGAGUCAGACCUUAAGCAGUUGCUGUUCAGACGAUGACUCCAAAGAUUCUAGAGCGCUCAAGUUAAGUGGAAAAUCAAGAUCUAAUAGAGACCCUGCAACUGAUCCACAGAGCGCGUAUGCAAGAAAAAGAAGAGAAAGAAUAAAUGAAAGGUUGAGAAUUCUACAAAACCUUGUCCCCAAUGGAACUAAGGUGGAUAUCAGCACCAUGCUUGAGGAAGCUGUGCAAUAUGUGAAGUUUUUACAGGUUCAAAUUAAGUUCGACAAGUUACAAUCUAGCGCUUGGAACAACGUGUCUGUUAAAGCAGAAAUCCUAGAAUCUAGAGAAAUGGCACCACACUCUGCCCUCCAAGUUCACACAGAGUGA